CUUCCUCGUCGAGACACAGAACAGCAGCAUGUCCACUCCCGUCGCCCCCCGCCCCAUCCCUGUCGCCCUCCUCGGUCUCGGCGGUGUUGGUAAAGCCAUCCUCUCUCAGCUCCUCUCGCCUCCUCUCGCCUCCCGCUUCCAGCUCGUCCUCAUUGCCAACUCUCGUCAAUCCUUGUCCCUCCCCCUCCCCGCCUCGCCCCUCACUCCCUCCAACUACCAGCCCAUCCUUGAAAAGUACGGCACUGCUCUCGAUGUCCCCUCUGUCGUCUCUGUCCUCUCUACCCAUCCCGAUGCGCCAGGUAUCUUUAUCGACUCGACUGGGUCUGAUGUCAUCCCCGGCAUGUACCCCCAAAUACUGUCCAUGGGUGUCCACAUCGUCACCCCCAACAAGAAGGGUUUCUCUGGCUCCGAGGCUUUGUACAAGUCUAUCACAGAAAAGUCCUUCCCCAACACUCCUGUGACCGUGUAUGGCGAGUCCACCGUUGGCGCGGGUCUGCCGAUCAUUCAGACCUUGAAGGACCUCGUGGGGACCGGCGAUGAAAUUGAAAAAAUCGAAGGUGUAUUUAGUGGAACAUUGAGCUACAUCUUCAACGAGUUUAGCAAGCCCGAGGGAAGCACUGUCAAGUUUUCCGAUGUCGUCAAGAUUGCCAAGGAGAAGGGAUACACUGAGCCUGACCCCAGGGACGACCUUUCUGGGUCUGACGUUGCUCGAAAGCUCUCCAUUCUUGCCCGUCUUGUGCCCACUGCCCCUGCUCUUCCUGAAGGCUACGCCUCAAUCCCUACCCAGUCUCUUGUGCCCGACGUCCUCUCCAAUGCCUCUACCAAGGAGGAAUACCUUGAGCGAUUGGAGGAGGGCGACUCGUUCUUUGCCAACCUCAGGGAGGAGGCGCAGAAGGAAGGCAAGGUCGUGAGAUAUGUGGGUGUGCUUGAUGUCAAGGAAGGCAAGGUCGAGGCCAAGUUGGCCAAGUGAGUGUUUCGACCAUAGUGAGGAGCAUCGACUGACGCGGCAUAUAGGUACCCCGUGGACCAUGCUUUCGCCACCGCCCUCAAGGGCUCUGACAACAUUAUCUCUUUCAGCACCAAGAGGUACUCUCCUCGUCCUCUCAUCAUCCAGGGUGCCGGUGCUGGUGCCGACGUGACCGCUAUGGGCGUUACUUCCGACAUGGUCAAGAUCUACGAGAGACUCGCUGUCACUCGUCUUUAAAUUGUUUGACUCGAAAUGUGUCUGUGUCUGUUUGGGGUGCUUGCUUAGAACUGGUCGAUAAGAAGAAGAAUGCGAAGGUUACCAGCAUAAAGUAGAUAUACAAUUUAAAAAUGAUUUCAUGAAUCGAAUUUAUAGAAAUGCAGU